UUUUUGGUGUUUUUGUUAAUGAUGGUGGAAGAUUUUGCGCUAACAGAGGGCCAUACUAUCACCCCUAUGUGCCAAAAAGGGUAUUUUCCCUGUGGGAACCUUACCAAGUGCUUGCCCCGGGCUUUCCACUGCGACGGCGUCAAUGACUGUGGGAACGGCGCUGACGAAGAGACCUGCGGAGACGCAAGCGGGUGGGCGACCCUGUUUGGCACGGUCCAUGGAAGUGCUAAUGCUGUGACCUUCACACAGGAGUGCUUUCUAAACCAAUACCCACAACGCUGUGACUGCAAAGGAACUGAGCUGGAGUGUGCAAACACUGACUUCACAUCUGUGCCAAGGAUUUCCAGCAAUGUGACGUUACUGUCUCUUAAGAAAAACAAAAUCCACAGUCUUCCAGAUAAAGUUUUCGUCAAGUAUACAGAACUUAAAAACAUGUUUCUGCAGCAUAACUGUAUCAGACACAUAUCCAGGAAGGCAUUUGAUGGAUUACAUAAACUGCAAAUACUAUACCUCAGUCACAACCGCAUUACAACUCUCAGACCUGGAGUGUUCAAAGAUUUACAUCAUCUGACUUGGCUAAUCCUGGACGCCAAUCCCAUAGCCAGGAUCUCGCAGCGGUCAUUCACUGGAUUGCGUUCCUUGUUCUUCCUGUCUAUGGUUAAUAACUACUUAGAAGCCCUUCCCAAGCAGAUGUGUGCCCAGAUGCCUCAGCUCAACUGGCUAGACCUGGAAGGCAAUCGAAUCCAGUACCUCACCAAUGGCACCUUCCUGGCCUGCAGCUCCCUCACAGUGCUGUUCCUGCCUAGAAAUCAAAUUGAUUCUGUUCCAGAGAAGGCCUUCUCUUCGUUAACAAAUCUGGGAGAACUGAACCUGUCAAACAAUCUGAUAACGGAGCUACCGCCCCAUGUUUUUAACGACCUGGAGCUUCUACAAAAACUGAAUCUCUCGUCCAAUCCUCUCUCGCAUGUGCACAAGAACCAGUUUGAAAGCCUUCAACACCUUCAGUCUCUAGACCUGGAAAGGAUAGCGAUUCCAAAUAUAAACACACACAUGUUUCAGUCCAUGAAGAAUCUUUCUCACAUUUAUUUCAAAAACUUUCAAUACUGCUCCUAUGCUCCACAUGUUCGAAUAUGUAUGCCCUUGACUGAUGGCAUUUCUUCAUACGAGGACCUCUUGGCUAAUGACAUCCUCAGAGUAUUUGUCUGGAUUAUGGCUUUCAUUACCUGCUUUGGAAACCUGUUUGUCAUUGGCAUGCGAUCAUUCAUUAAGGCUGAAAAUAUGACUCACACUAUGUCCAUCAAAGUCCUUUGCUGUGCUGACUGCCUCAUGGGAGUGUAUUUGUUCUUUGUGGGCUUUUUCGACAUCAAGUACCGAGGGCAGUACCAGAAGUACGCCUUGCUGUGGAUGGAGAGCCUGCAGUGCCGUAUCCUGGGCUUCCUGGCCAUGCUCUCCACCGAGGUCUCCGUCCUGCUGCUCACGUACUUGACUUUGGAGAAGUUCCUGGUAAUCGUUUUCCCCUUCAGCAACAUCCGCCCGGGAAAACGACAGACAGCCAUCAAUCUCGUUGGCAUCUGGAUCGCAGGACUUCUAAUUGCUGUAGUCCCAUUUUGGAGUGAAGAUUAUUUCGGGAAUUUCUACGGGAAAAAUGGAGUCUGCUUCCCACUUUAUCAUGAGCAGACAGAAGAUAUUGGAAGCACAGUGUAUUCUCUUGGGAUUUUCCUAGGUGUGAACUUGCUUGCAUUCCUCAUCAUCGUGUUUGCCUACGUCACUAUGUUCUGUUCCAUCCACAAAACCACCCUGCAGACGUCCGACCUGAGCAGGCACAUUGGAAGGGAGGUGGCGGUGGCCAACCGUUUCUUCUUUAUAGUGUUCUCUGACGCCAUCUGCUGGAUUCCUGUGUUUGUCAUUAAGAUUCUUUCGCUCUUCCGGGUGGAAAUACCAGGCACAAUCACCUCCUGGGUGGUCAUUUUUUUCCUUCCGGUCAACAGCGCCUUGAACCCUGUCCUCUACACGCUCACCACCAGCCUCUUUAAGGACAAGCUGAAGCAGUUGCUGCACACCCACCACGGGAAGCCGAUGUUCAAAACGAAAAACAAAAGGGUAUCGACGUCCCUUGUGUGGGCAGAAGACUCCUCAUCACUUAAGCUCGGGGUGUUGAGCAAGAUAACCCUUGGGGAUGAUGUGAGGAAACCACCCCCAUACUAA